ACCAUUUUUAACUGCCUUUGUGAAUGAAGCAGAUAACAUUUUUAUCAAUAUAUUUAAAAAAAAUAUGUAACAUAUUAUCCAACAAAACAUGACACUUGGUCUUGGCUUUCUGGCGCUUAUCUGCAGUAUAGCUUUCGUUCUUGCUUCGACAGAGCUGUGUCCGGACGGUCAAUUUAAAGCUGGUUUUAUCGACGAUUGCAUUAAUUGCCCUCAGAAUCCUGAAACUGGUUGUGAAGCCGAGGGCGACGACUCGGAAUCAUGUAAGAUCAGUUGUGUCAAAGGUAAGCAAGCCAAUAUUGAACGAUAACAAAACUUAUCAAGAAGUGAAGUACUUUGAAUGUAUAAUGACUCUAGCUGUCAAACACUUUUUCUCUCUGAACAAUUACGACGUGUAACCGACAAUUUUUAUCGUUUGCGUUUUAUAAUUGAAACGACAAUAGAAUAUGUAUUUACUGUGUGUUUUAUACGGAAAAAAUGACAAUGUUUGCUUUAAAAACACGAAAUAUAUACGUAUAUGUGUCAAGGGACAAAGGGGAAAAUUAGGUGAUGCAUGUAUUAAAUUCAUGAGGGGAAUACCAUUGACCUAUAAAUAUCCAAUAAUUACGAAUCACAGCUGGGCAUGCCCACAGGGGGGCUGCCUGUGACUUCCUUAUAAAGUCACAGGCGGGCGCAGGCAAAUAGAGCUCCUAUCUUUAUUGGUGGAUUUGCCAAAAAUACAAUACACACGUGACGGUGAAGGCCCAGAUUUAUGAAUAAACGUUGACUAACAUAGAUAACGAGUUAUUUUGUUAUUCUAAUGAGUUUCACAGCCAUCUUCCCUUCCAUCGGCUAUGGUUUAACAUAAGGUAGUUUUUACUGCGCAUUUCUGGCUGACGGCCAUGUUCUUAGCAAGUGCCCUAAAGUGAGGCAUUCACCCCCUGGAACAUUAAAUUUCAACAUGUUUUCAGGGGGGGUGACAGGGCACUUGGGUUUCGGUGAAAUUAAUAAGAAGUGAGACCUCGUAUGGUAUUUCUACUCUGUGAUUAGGGUAAGGAUUUAAUACAGAAAUUCACCCAAAUAUUUUCUUCCGAAUCUUCUACAGAUACACCUGAGGAAAAGUCAAACAACAAGAUAAUCAUUAUCGGCAUUUCACUUGGGGCAGCAGCGCUCAUCAUCGUGAUUGGGCUGGGAUUGUAUUUCAAGAGAAGGACAAAUAACGAAAGCACUGGUGCUUCGGAGAAUGUCGAUGUGCUAAAUAGCAAUGACGAGAAUAACCAUUCAGAAGCGCCACCAUCACCAUCAUCAGGAUCUCAAAUUUACCUUGGCCCAGAGACUGCGUUUGAUUUGGACAUAAGAAAGGAUCAAACCUAGACGAACAGGCUGUAUGAGAACAAAAACGUUUGAAGAUUAUUAAGCUUGAGUUCAAAUAUAUAAACAUUUGUACCAGAAAUCAUCGUGGACCACAUACAUCAUUAUAGCAUCCGCUAACAUUGUACUUUUCUACUUAAUAAUAAAUUAUGAAAUGUAGCAUAAUUUUCUUGUUCCUAGAUAAAUGUCACAGUGGUGAAGCUAGUCAUAGCAACUGGUCAUGAUCAUGCUACGCUAAUAAAUCUGCGUCUAAAUAAGUUACGGACAAUGCAUUUCUAAAGCCAGGUUUGAAUAAUGCAAAUCCUUAACUAUUUCCCGAUAGCAUGAUCUGUUGCUAUGGCUAGUUUCGCCACGGAAAUGUGUUAAUAAUUCAUGAAGAAAAUUGAGGGUUACAUGUAUUUUUAUUUUCAAUAUGUUAUAUCUGAUGAGUCAGCGUUGCCUUGUCUUGUACAGAUUUUAAAUUUACGCGUGUACAAACGAAGUUGCUGCAAGAGAUUAAAUUAUUUUCAUUAUAUGUACUAGUCUUAUAUAUUUGAAGGAAAAUGAACUAAUGUAGUUUAAUUUUCUUGCUUCUAUAAAUUUCAACAUUUCUGAAAUUGACCACUAUCUGCUGCCCUGUGACGCUUACACAAAACCCACCAACCAACAACAACAACAACAACUGUAAUUAAUGUAUAUAUAAUUAAUAAAUGUAAUUAAUCAUAAUAAAUUUGUUAUCAAAUGAUAAAUCGUAGCCAAAGUCAGUCAAAAAUAAUAGACCUUAUCAAUCAUUCUCUUUUACGAGGUUCUAGAUGGGGAGAG